CGGCGCGGUCUUCGUUCGAUUGAAUGGAACCUCCUCGACGAUUCAAAGUUGGACGAGAAGGUAUUCGACCCGAUGUGCCCACAGGUCGAAUGAAACGCAUAUACGCCACGAAAAAACGACUUUUGCAUACGUGCAUUUCAAGACGGAUGACCAUAGGAUUAUGAUGGGGGUGCAGGUGGAAUACACCAGCGGAGGUGGACGAGGUCGUCCGACACUUUCCUAGCUGCGGCAUAUAUGAGCUGCUAGAACGGGAAGAGCGAUCAAUACUUUGUAUGCAACACAAGUCGUCGUAGAGUUGCAGGAAAAAUAGUGGUAGCCGUUGCUGUAGGAGCAGCGGCGGCGGCAGCAGCAGCAACAGCAACAGCAGUAACAUCUGUAUGAUUUUUAAGCCCUGCUGCUGAAGAUGAACAACAAGAAGAGGAAGAGGAACAAGAAGAAGAAGAAGAAUUUGCAACCGCGGGCGACGAUGACGACGAACAACAACAUCUGUCCGUUGUUAUAGUUUGAUUAAUAUCGUCGUUGGAAAUCGCAUCCACAUUUGUGAUUCGAACGUUGCUGAUCAUCGACGAGGAGGAGCACGAUAUCGAGGGAUUAACGUCAACGAUUUGUUGCGUGCAGGACGUCGCUUGGACCGAUACCGAAUUACCUCUUGAAACUGUGCCGGUGUUAUUGUUGUUGACGUUCGGCAAGGAACCGCCAGCUUUAAAUUGAUUCCCCAACUGGUUUAUACGCAGGUGAUUUCCCGUUGCUAUUUUCGCUGUCGCGGACGACAAUUGUUGCAACGGAGGACUCGCUCCCGCACUCUUCACCGACAUUAUACCUCCUCCUCCCGACGAUUCCACCGAAAUACCGCAACCCGUAGGACUCGCUACCACCGAGUUGCUCGCUGACGCCACUCCAGCAACCUUCAAGAAUUUUCACCAAGUAUCCACAACGGCGGAAUAAAAUCAACUAGCUGUACUAUCAUGAGAGGUGUGAAUAAGGGAAUGCCAAUAACAUUUGCGACACGAAUGGUACCGAAUAUCGCGAAUCGUUACACCUCAGUUUUCUCUUGGAUCAUAUAAAGUGUGCAAAAGCAUGAAAAUACAACCGCGAUAUAAAAGAAAAGAGAAGAGAAAACACAGUUAAAGAAGAGUCUAUACCAGUACGAUAUAAAAUGGGAGGGAACAAGUGUGCGAGAGAGAAGAAAAUAGAGGGAGGCACAGAGUUGAGAAGAACAAGAAAUAAAAUGAAAGAAAAUAAAAAAUAAAUAAAGAAGAAGAUAGAGAAAUAAAAAAUAAUAUACGUACUCGGGAAAAGAAGACGAUUGGGAAAACCGAGAAGUGAGCCAGAAUUGCACAAAAUGGAAUUGAAAAAAUGAAAAUAAAAAGUAGGAAAAAGGGAAGUAAAAGAAAAUAAAGGGACAGGAUGAUAGGAGACAGGUAUGAAUGUAACAAAUUUGUCAAUUUGGAGGUUUUUUAUUCAUUGAACCGUAGGAUCAUUAGAUAUGACCAUGAUGUGUGUAUUUCUAAUACGUGAUUAAAAAGCGAUUCACAGUCUUCUGCUGGUCGAAAUAUGAUCAAGAAGAGGUGUCUUUUGGUGGAUCAUGUGUGAGGGCAAAGGAAGAUCUAAUCGAAAUUCCAAUUCGUUUGUCGACCGUGUGAAAAGUUGGAAGAGGGAAAAUCGGAGGAAAUCUGAAAUUGAAAAAAGAAAAUGAGAAAUGAAGGAGAAGAAAUGAAGCCACAGAUAUGGAGAUGCAUUCGAUAGAAUCUUUUUCCUCAUUACUCAACUCUUUCAAGGAUGAAGCAUCGAAACCCCCCUCCUUACAGGAAAACUGGGGGAUUGAAAUUUUUUGCACUCCUGUCAUCCCACUUUCAUAUUGCUACCAACGAGAGUAUGUCCUUCAACAAUGUUACCAUGUGUAAUGAAUACUUCUUUGGACAAUUUGCCUGCGGACCUUAAUAGGAGAUUAAUCGAUGAGCUCAAUAAAAAUUCAGCAUGGAAAAUAAUAGCAAACUGGGUGGUCGAGAAGAUAACGUCAUUAGGUUCUCAGUGGAUAAAUUCUUUUGAACAAGCAGCUCGAUUAACAGAAUCACGGCUGACACCUGCUGAUAUACUGUUAUAUGAGCUCGAUAUUAGGUUGUGCACUGUUGAACAUCUCUGUCGGAUUCUAGAAAAAUGCGAAUUAUUCGAUGCACUGUUCAUUCUCAAAGGACCAGAGCCUCUUGUGAUUACGGUCCAGCCUUAUUCAUCAGAACACAGUCAAUCGUUCAAAGUUGCACUUGGAGAAAAAUUCUCCAUUACCUGCAAAGCAACUUCCUUACCUCCUCCACAUUACCAAUGGUUUCACAGGGAUACUGAGUUGAAGAAUCAAACUUCAAAUACUUUAAAUAUUCUUAUAAAAAGUUCCGAUCAAGAAGGCCAUUACCAGUGCAGAGUACGGCAAUAUAAUUUUGAAGGCGAUCUUGUAGAGGAAAAAUUUUCAACUCAGGCUCCCCUGUUCAUAAAACCUAUGUUUAUUCGGAUACGAAAACAGCCAGAAUCUGUAAAAGUAAAACUCUAUGACAGCUGCACUCUAAGCUGCAAGGCUGAAGGCCACCCGGCACCAAAGUAUCAAUGGUAUAAAUUACGAAAAACCAGGUACGAGGCACUCAAAGGUGAAACUUCUAAUAAGUUAUUGAUAGAUGCAGAGAAAUCCAAAUGUAAGGGAAUCUAUCACUGUGUUAUUUCAAACGAGAUCAGCACUGAAUGUACAGAGGAUAUUGAAGUGACGAUUGAACAACCUCGUCUGAGAGCCGUAGCUAAAAUUGCUUUGAUAAUAUGCAAUAGUAACUAUGAACAUCAUGAAGAAUUGUUCAAACCUUCAGCUGAUGGGGCUGGGUUGGCAGAAAAGUUGAAAGAAAUUGGCUUUGCCGUUACAUGCUUCGAGAACUUGACUCUUAGUGAGAUGAGAAGAGCAAUAUUAAGAUUUUGUACUGCUCUGACCAGGGGCGUUUAUGGGGUCUUCUAUUUUGCUGGUCAUGGAACUAAGAUACAAGAAACUCAUAUGUUGCCAGUAGAUGCUCCCAAAGAACUGAGCAGAAAAUAUAUUAUUUCUGAGGAAGAAUUAGUUGCCGCUGCCCUUCGUCGACAGCCUGGUCUUUUUUUACCGAUUCUAGAUAUGUGUCAGACAGCACCUGAUAGCAUAUCACGCGAGGAUAUACCUUUGAUCAGCUAUGAAGUCAAGAACAAUCUCCUCAGAGCUUAUUCCACAUGUCCAUAUGAAUCAAGCCUCGAAUCCAUUCACGCCGACAAUGGUAUUUAUGCAUCAUCCAUCCUCCGACACAUCACCAAGGACAAGCCUGUGAAAGAAGUGUUCAACGAUAUCGCGCAUGACAUGAGUGAGUCUGAGGACCCUUUCAUUAGAGCUCAAGUCCCCAUGUUGACAUCCUCAGUUUGGGAUCGUAUUUAUUUAACAGAUCAACUCACGGAUGAUUUACCAUUGCCAGCAGAAAAGCUGAUAAAUGACACAACUUUCAGACCACGAAUUAGCAGUGACCGUUUGGCCCAAAAUAAUCAUGAAUUCAUCAUCACCAUUGAACCCCGGAGGCGACCCUUCAUAAAUGUCAUUCAGAUAACAGUCUCCAACUUGGAUAAUUAUAACAUCAUUUAUAAAAAUGAAGGCUCAAGGAGGGAGAGUGAACUCAUGGAGCCGGUUUUGCAUUGCAUAGGCCAACGGUGUAUUAUUUUCCACCCUCAAAGAAAUGUUGGACAAUGGCUGCGGAUCAGUAUUGUGCGUAAUGGAAAAACAGUCGCUGAAGCUGCAUUACAAUACAUGGCGCAUAUACCUGCGAUUAUCAAAGAUAUCAGCCCACUCUCCAACUACCCAGCUACGGCGGAUAAUUGGUAUCUGUAUUUUGAAAGGUAAUCAAAAUUGUCUGAUUAUUGGAAAAUAUCUUCAUUACAAGAUGACACGAGUGAACAGAUAACAUGUUCAAACAUCCAAAUGGUAGUACAAAGAUUUUCAUCAAACACUGUUUGGAGCGAAUAAAAUAAUCAUUUUAUCUAA